AUGAUAAUAAAAAAGCAUGAUUUUGUUAUAAUAGAUGAUGGAUUAAGAUAUAGGUUACAUAAAAUUGUAGAUACAAAAAUUAAAAUAAAAAAAAAAUAUAUAAAUUUAUUAUUUUUGGUUAAUAAAAAGUAUGGAUCAACAUUCACUUUUAUUAAUAAUAAAUGGGUUAGAAGUAAGAAAAGAAAUUCUAAGUUAGAUAUAGAUUACUAUACUGAUAUACAGGGAACAAAUAAAGAUAUUUUUGAUAACAAUAAUUCUCAAAAAUUAACAGAAGAAGAUAUUGCUGAAUUAAAAAAAAUGAAUUAUGAAAAUCCAUAUGAAAUUAUUCAAAAAUUAAUUAAUAAUUCGUCAACAUUUAAAGAAAAAACAGUAAUUUCUAAGUUUAAAUAUGUAGAAAAAAAAUUGAAAAGGCAUUUAUGCCAAUUUACAGUAUAUGAAUGCACCAUUGCAAAUUUAGCUAAUUUUUAUUAUAAAUAUUUUCCUGAAAAAAUUAGUUAUAUAAGAAUUGAUUACUUAUCUAAUAUACUUUUUCAUUUAAAUAAAAAUUUUUGUUUAAAUAAAAAUUUAUAUAACAAGGAAAACAAAAUGCAUACACAAAAAGAAAAUUCUAUACUUUUUUCAUGUGAAUCCAAUAAUAAUGAAGAGAAAUAUUUAUAUAAUGAUGCAUCUUUUAGUCAUAAUAUAUUAAUUUAUGAUGACUCACAUGGAUUAUUAACUAGUGUAUUAAAUAUUUAUUAUAGUUAUAGUGUAAAUAUUUUUUCAUUAAUUUACAAAAAUACCUGUAACUCUAUUAUACCUAGUUUUGGUAUUAAAAAAAAUACAAAUAUUGUAAAAAUUAAUAUUUUAAAUUCUCCAAUAAAUUCCAAAUCUAAUGAUUGUAUCUACAUGGAUACUAAUUAUGAUUUUGUUUUUAACUUUGAAAAUAAUAUGAAUUCUAAAGAAAAAGAAAAUAUUAAAAAUGAAAAUCAUAAUAAAAUCAGUAGUGAAAAUGGCCAGUUAUGCGAAACUGAUAAAUCUUUGAUGAAAAAUGAAAAAGAAAAUCAUCAUUUUUUAAAUUCACACAAUAGUAACAAUUUGGAAGAAAAACACAAAGAUAAAGAUACCAAUAAAAAUGAUAUAAAUAAUAGUGAAUAUGGUAAUCAAAAUAAUCCUGGAAAUAAAAGUUAUAAUGAAGAAAAAAAUAAUUGUGAUAGUAAAGAUAAUAAUGAAAGUAGCAUUGGUAAUGAUGCUAAAGAUGAAAAUAAAUUUCAAAUUGAAAAAAAUAUGUGUGAUCGUAUAUUUAAAGAAAAUGUAAAAAAAAGAAAAAUAACCACUCAUAAUGAUAGUUAUAAUAAAGAAAUAAUUAAUUGUAAUAAAAACAAGAAUAAUGAAAAUGAUAUUAAUAUAAAAAAUGAACUUAUAAAAAACAACGAGAUAAAAAAAAAUCUAUUACAUGAUAUUUGUCAGAAAAAGGCAGAAGCUUUUGUAAUAAUUUUGUCAAGUGAAUUUAUUGAUAACACUAAGACAGAUGUGAAUUUAUUAAUAGAAACUUUAAUUAAUGUAUCUUUAAAAUAUUUAAAAAAUGAUAGUAAAAUAAUUAUUCAUACAGAUGAUUUAAAUUUAUCAAAUAUUAUUAUGCAAUUUUUAAUUAAUACAAAUUCAUUUAUAAAUAUUAAAUUAAAUGAAUACAUAUUGAGAGAACAACAAGUUAUAAAAAGACGAACUCAUCCAAUAAUCAAAAACUCAAAAUUGGCUGACGGUUUUUUAUUAACAGCUUUAAAAAUACAAAAUUAA